AUGUCGCGCGCCGCGUCGCGCGCGUCCGUCGCGCGCGUCGAACGUCGCGUCGGACGACACCGCGCGCGCGUCGCGGCGUCGCGGCGACGGAUCGAGACGCGCGCGACGCCGAUCGCGACGUACUUUAGCGAGGCGGUCGAGGCUGGAGUGAUAAUCUUCGCCGCCCGCGUCCUCGCGCUCGGAUUGGGAAAGGCGAAGCAGAGCGGCGAUCUCGAGCGUGGGCUAGAGGAGUGCGCGCGACGGUCGAUCGACGUGAGCGAUUUGUUUUACGAGGAGGACCAGGGCGAGCAGAGAUGGUAUCUCGUCGGCGGGUGGUCGGUGCCGCGGAAGGGCGACCCGCGGUACGGCGAUGGAAGGAUGUCGCAGGAGGUGAAGAGUCGCGUGCGGUGGGCGGAUUGUCGAGCGAUGGCGGAUGCGCGAGGUGUGGACUACGACGAUGUCGCGACCUUGACCGCGUUGUAUCCGACGACGACGAAGAAGGCGCUCGAGCUUCGAAGGCGGUUACAAAUGGCGGGAUACGAACCGGAGUGGUGGGAGUGA